AAUCAAUACGAUACGAUACGGUGACAGCAGCCAACGGAAAGGCAGCCGAAGGUUAACUUUAGCGCAGUAGCAUCCGUUUUCCGCACCAAAACAAAGCACCCCUUCUAGCUUCUAGGUGAGAGUAGUGUUGGCCCCUAGAGUGGACAUAGAGCGCACACCGUAGCAGUAAUCGAAACAACGAACGAACGAACGAAAGUACAACGAAACCAUGGCCGAAGGAACGUACGAGUAUGAGUGUAUGCGGGCGGAACUGCUUGGGCUGGCCCAUCCCAGUCGGGAGGAGUUUGAGGAGAAGCAGAAGCUGCGGCAGGAAACGGAAGCGGAAGAGCAACUCACCGAGCAGCUAAAGGAGGUGGAUUUGCAGGAAGAGUCCGUCCAGGGCACCUCGGGGAAGAUGGACGAGCUGAACAACAUCCUGACAGCGACGCAGCAGAAAAUCAACAAGUUUAAGGUGGCCUGCGGUAGCUUGACCAGCCUGCUAAAGCUGCGCCCUUCGACACCGAGCAACGAGCCGCCGGCCGGUGCAUCCGAGGGCAAAUCCAUCAACGACGCACUCGACACGCUCGACACGAUGAAGGAUCUGAACGAGGCGUCCGAUGCGACGGUGACCAAGGCGGCUGCGAAGGAUCUCGGCACGAAGGUAACGUCCCAGCUGGACAAGCUUGAUUCGCUGCUGUACAAGGCCGACAAUGCCACCUACUCGAUGAAACACCAGACGGAUCAGAUGAAGAAGAUUGCCAAGUAAGGUCGCAACCCCCGGUACUGGACACGUGGGGGGGGGGGGCGAUGCGUGUGCGACGCAACCAGACACCAGAACACCAACCGCUCGAAUAACGUUUUCGGCUGGCAACGAACCGGGAGAUGGAUUGAUUGGGGGCAAGCUCCCUCCACUCCCUCCACACUUACACAGUACGCUUACAGAACGCAAACGAAAAUGUGUGUGCGUGUGUGUGCAAAUGUUAUCAAACUAUCUUACCGAGCCCCGUAUACACCCGGUAGGCUUCGUUGGCAAUCUUAGGGUUUAAGCAAACGGCUCGGCGAUCUUUCGCGAGUGACUCGGCAGAAUACCUUCCCCUAUACAUAUACAAUCGCUAGGCUGCUUAGGUACGAGUUGUUACGAGUAGACGUUGUCUUUUCUUCCUAUUUCCGUUCGCACACCAGGAGUCAGUAAUUCCACGCAAAGAACCUCACAAGGAAUUGCUCGGUCUGGAUCACGGUGUGAGUGCGCGCUUCAGCACUGUUCGAUGUUAGUUAAGUAAGAUGUACUAAGCGUGUUGUUUACACUACUACGAAACCCCGCUCCCCCCUUCAAAGGCAGGCUAGCCACACACUUAGGGCUUUCGACUUUCUUUGCGCUUUCGCUGCUCAAACGAUCGGUCUUCCACAAAAUCCACAAAUUUGUUAGUAUGACAAAAACACGAACACAAAGAGAACGAACUGUUUCGAGGUACCGCCGAUUAGCGUUGCUGGAUUUGGCCAUUUUGCCGUGCGUCUUUUGCGGAACCGAUUGUGAUAUGUAUACUUAUAGUUUGUACGAGUGGUGUUUCCAUUUUGAUAGUUUAGCCUCCGAGUGUGAACAGCGCAUGAAACCGUUAAUGCUUCCCAGGUGAGGUGAAUGGUGGUGAGUGGUGUGUGUGUGUAUGCGAUGUUUUUUCCUGUUAUCUACUACUAUCUAUCUGUUGGCUUCUGGCGGACGAAAGCGAUGGGCGAUCGUGGCGGGAUCUCAAUAAGCGGAAGAAAUGUUAACCACCAGCAAUAACAAUAUAUGAAUAUAUGAAUCUAACAAUAAUUUAACUGUGUAUUAGGAAACGGUCAAUAAAGGAAGGUACAAUUAUUCAACCAUUGACACUAACUGCAAGUAA